AUGGAGAUUGAGAGACCAACACCCGUCAUCGCCAGUCCGAACGUCCAGCAACUCCUCGGGAGGCUACACGCCUUAGCUAAGGCUGAGGAGGGCUCCUUCUCGCAAAAAUUCUUCUACCUGAGUCGUCUGAUUCGAUUUUACCUUUUUGGAGAGAUCUGGUCGAAAACUGCCGAGACAUACAUGCGAGACAAAUUUGUUGCAUUAGAUGCCGAGAAAUGUCAGUUUAUCUACCUGCUAAUGAGAAGCAUGGGCGCACGCUUUGUGGUUGAGGCUGGAACGAGUUUUGGGAUCUCGACAAUAUACCUUGCGUUAGCUGUUGGCCAAAAUAUCCUACAGCAAAAGCAUAUCUGGAGUCUGAAAGGUACUUGCCGAUUUAUUCCAAUUUCGAAGAACCCGGGUGAAACUGUCCCAGUCAUCGAGUUCCAACGCGCGUUUUCGGCUGUGGCGCUUGCAAGUUCUGUUCCGCUUCCCUUUCUUGUUAAGUUCAAAAUCAUCUGUGGCGUAGAAUUUCAAGCAUUUGCUGCAGAAGAUUUUAUCGGCAUUGGCAGGCAGAGCAUCCAUUGCUCGGGAAGGUAG